CCGUUCGAUCAACAUGGAUCUCUCUGUGAUCAUACCUCCUGUGGUCAGAUACCAGUUCCGUUACCGAUCCUGGGAAAAUAGCACUCGUGUGGAUAUGUCACACAAUGAAGAAGCUCCAGCACCUAGAGACCCAGGUGUUUCCUUGACAACUCAUCCUAGCUUCACAGAUCAAGAUUUUGAAGGCCACAGAGCACAUACAGUUUAUGUUGGCCUUCAUGUCCCUGGCUACAGGAGGAGAGGCCACAGACGUCACCGUCACCACCAUCAUAAAAAUGGACACAAGAAGAAAGAGGAUGGAACUGCUGCUGACUAUGAACAUGGAAUUAAUCGUCCAGUCACCCCUCCUGCUGAACGUGUACACUUUAUCUUGGGAGAGGGGGAGGAUGAUACCCAUGAAUCUCACCCCCUCUUCAGUGAAAUGGAAGAGCUCCAAGGAGAUGGAGAUGAUAUGGAAUGGAGAGAGACUGCAAGAUGGGUAAAAUUUGAGGAAGAUGUAGAAGAAGGUGGAAACAGAUGGUCCAAGCCACAUGUAGCUACCAUCUCUCUCCACUCUCUCUUUGAGCUUCGCAGCUGUAUAUUGAAUGGCACUGUUAUGCUAGACAUGGAUGCUUCAAGCCUGGAUCAAAUCUCGGACCUUAUGCUGGAAAGUAUGGUUAAUUCCAAUCAACUCCAAGGUGAUAUGCGAGAGAAAGUGAAAGAGGCCCUUCUCCGUCGGCACCGGCAUCAACAUGAAAAGCGUCAUGGUGGAGAGAAAGGCUCUCGUCUACCUUUAAUACGAUCUUUGGCCGAAAUUGGACGAAACUCAAGCAAAAGCGUGUUUGGUUCUAAUAAUAGUGGACAGAAUCACCAUGAGUCAGGAAUGCCCCAAAGCCCCAGUUCUACAUCUUUGCAUGGACAUAAUACACAACCUUGUCUUACAACCACUGGCUCUACUCUCACAGAAAACACUGGAGCAAGUUCUGCAGACCUACAACACAAGCUAAAUCAAGCCUUCAUGAAGAAGAUCCCACCAGGUUCAGAAGCCUCCAACAUCCUAGUUGGAGAUCUUGAAUUUCUAGACAGGGCUAUUAUGGCUUUUGUUCGGCUGAAGCAGGGUAUUCACUUAGGUGAUCUGACAGAGGUUCCUGUCCCUACUCGGUUCCUCUUCAUCUUACUUGGUCCUAGUGGUAACCUUCCUCGUUACCAUGAGAUUGGUCGUGCCAUGGCAACACUUUUAUCAGAUGAGGUUUUUCAUGAUGUUGCAUACAAAGCAAGGAACCGACAAGAUCUUUUAGCUGGGGUAGAUGAGUUUCUAGAUGCUGUUACAGUAUUGCCUCCUGGUGCUUGGGAUCCAAGUAUUCGGAUAGAACCACCAUCCCAUGUUCCAUCCCAGGAAGGGAGGAAGAAGCAUAAAGAACCAGAUAAACAGCCACAUAUUGAGCCAGAAGAAGAAGAAGAAAAACUGCGAGAAGAAAGUGGAUUAAAGAGAACAGGAAGGAUUUUUGGUGGGUUGAUGAAUGACAUUAGACGGAAAAAAUCCUGGUACAUCAGUGAUUUCAAAGAAGCUCUGGCUCUUCAGACUGUAGCUUCAGUGUUCUUCUUAUACUUUGCUUGUCUUGCUCCAAUAAUUACAUUUGGAGGUUUGUUAGCAGAUGCAACAGGCUCUCAACUGGCUGCCAUUGAGAGUUUGCUCUCUGGGGCUAUCAAUGGAAUCUUGUAUGGAUUCUUCAGUGGGCAACCAUUAAAUAUUCUUGGAAGUACAGGACCAGUGUUGGUUUUUGAAACAAUUAUAUAUUCGUUUUGUAGGGAUAAUGGUUUCGAGUACUUGCCUCUUCGUCUCUGGAUUGGACUCUGGACAUCGGCUAUAUUAAUAUUGCUAGUAUCUUUGGAUGCUAGUGCUCUGGUGUGCUACAUUACUCGAUUUACCGAGGAAAAUUUUGCCACACUGAUUUCUAUGAUUUUUAUUUACAAAGCUAUAGAAAAAGUGUGGCAUAUCAAUCACGACUAUCCACUUCAAAUUCAUACAACGAGCCUUGUGAAUCAGAGCUGUUACUGUGCUCCUAAUGAGAACUCCAGUAUUAUUGUUCAACCUCUUGUAAACUGGUCAAGAUUGUCAACUGAUGAGUGUGACUACUAUAAUGGUACUUUGGAGGGAGAUGGCUGCACACCACAUAAAUACGUUCCUGAUGUGUUUUUAUUCUCCAUGAUCUUGUUUUUGGGAACUUUCACCUUAUCAAUUAUCCUGAAAGAUUUUAAAUUUACUUCUUUCUUCCCCUCAAACAUCAGAGCUGUCAUCAGUGAUUUUGCUGUUGUUAUUGCCAUUUUGAUUAUGACAAUUACUGACUUUUGUGUUGGUAUAGAAACUCCCAAACUUGAGGUUCCUCAUAAGUUUAAGCCAACAUGGGAAGGUCGAGGCUGGUUGAUACCUUGGUUUGGAACCAAUCCCUGGUGGACAGCAAUAGCAGCUGUUUUUCCUGCUCUGUUGGCAACCAUCUUAAUCUUCAUGGAUCAACAGAUUACAGCUGUCAUUGUUAAUCGAAAAGAAAACAAAUUAAAGAAAGGUUGUGGCUACCAUUUAGACCUGUUUGUCCUUUCUAUCCAAAUUGCGAUUUGCUCCAUUCUUGGUCUUCCUUGGUUUGUGGCUGCCACUGUCCUGGCUAUGACCCAUGUGAACUCCCUGAAGAUGGAGUCAGAGACAGCUGCACCAGGAGAGAAACCUCAGUUCCUGGGAGUUAGAGAACAACGAGUCACUCAUAUUCUAAUCUUCAUCUUGGUUGGUUUAUCUGUCUUCUUCACUCGUGUUUUAAAGUUCAUCCCUAUGCCUGUUUUGUUUGGUGUGUUUCUGUACAUGGGCGUUUCUGCACUCAAAGGAUUACAGUUGUUUGACCGUAUCCUGAUCCUUUUCAUGCCACAAAAGUACCAACCAGAUUUGAUGUUUCUUCGAUCUGUAGAAACCUUGCGAGUUCACUUGUUUACUGCUGUCCAAUUAGCCUGUCUGGUGUCCUUGUGGGUAAUCAAGUUAUACAAACCUAUUUCCAUUGCUUUUCCUCUCAUGCUGGUAGUGAUGAUUGGCAUCAGAAAGUUGUUGGACUUUGUCUUCACCCAGCGUGAAUUAAAGAUCCUUGAUGAUGUAAUUCCAGAGUCAGCUAAGAAAAAAUUAGAAGAGGAAUUGAGAAAGAUGGAAGAGGAACAGGAUACAAGCACGGAGAAGGAAGGAGUAAUACUGCCUGAUGCCAGUGCAGGAAAUGUAGCUAUCCCUCUGGCAAAUGGAAAUGUACUGAAGAUUCCUGUUACUAAAUUCAAAGAAGAAAAUGAACAACUGAACUCGGAUCAAUCUAACAUUAACAUCUCAGAGCAGUUGAACAAAACUGGGUUGUGGCAGAGCCUACAGCAGAAGGAGCACAGCACCCCCAAAAUACUGCAGAAAAACAGUCCCCCAUCCUUAAAGAUCCCAACCAGUCUGAAGAAGAAGCGAGGCAAUAAAAAUGAUGCAAUAAAUGAUGAGGAAAGAAAACGGCUUUCAACCAUGGCUGAAGAUGAAGAAGAGGAUGAAUGUGGAAUAACAAUUAAGAUUCAAGAACCUACCCCCAUACCUUCCAACAGCCCAUCAAAAGAAGCUUCACCAGAUGACACAACUUCCAGGGAACAGGUUAACCAUAGUGAGACUCGGGUUUGACUAUAGUGACCUUUAGUUCUAAUUAGUAGGUCAUAUUGGUCAUAGGGUGUGAAAAUGUCCGAGUCUUUAGCCAAGCCUGGCUCCUUACCAGCAUCGCUCAAAUCCUUCUUAUGUUUGAUUCACUUUUGUUCUUUGACAGAUAUAGCUCAACUUUUGGUUGUGACUUCCACAGUCUCAGGAAUUACCAAAGAAAAUCAUUUCCACUGUCAGGUCCAUAAUGUCAUGGGAACUUGACCAGUGGAUGCAUCUUAGGGCCUCUGUGGCUGGCUGGGAUCACAUGAAAAGUAACGAAGUUAUAAUGGACUAACUAGUUGAAUAAAAAAAAAAAAGAAUACAAAAAAUAGAUGGUUUUCUUUAACCAAAGAUACCAACUGUGUUUACACGUGUUGUGCUUCCAAUAUGGGACAAACAUUGGUUCACAAAUGUCAUCUUUAUUCACUAAAUACAAUGUGUACGUAUAUGUUUUUAGUAUGGGUUGGUGAUGGUAUUGAUAGGUUUUGUCAACACUGUCAGUAAGCAGAAGGUAAAUUUUCUUCAUGACUUUUAUGGUUCAGAGUCUUAUCUAGAUUGACUAUUCUACCAUAUUUGUGGUUUAAGUCUGACUUGUCAGAAUCUUCAAAAGUUUUCAUUAGAUUUUCUGUCAGAGUAGUUUGUUUACCAAAAUGUAACAAUAGUUUUCAUUUAUGAAAAGAACCAUCAAUCAUACAUGCGCAUGUAAACGUAUAUCCUAUAACAACCAAUUUGUCAGAUUUGUAGCUAGAUGAGGCUCUACACUAACAGUAAAAAGUACACAUUUAGAUUUCUGACUAGUCUAAAGCUGUGUGAUAAGUAGAUGAAAUGUCUGAUUUAGUUUGAGCUUAUAAGAAUAUACGUAUGGCUAGAAUGUGACUGGUAAGUUAUACUUGUUUUGUUGGGUAUCUGACUAGUCUAAAUUUACAUUUACUUAUUUCUUUUGAAGGUAAAAAACUAGUUUUUGUGGGAUUUUAGGGUAUAGAAAAUACAAAGGUAAUUUGAAAUAUUGCUUUAUGUCAGAUGGUUAUUAUAUUCUCUGUUCUACAACUUUUUAACAUGCCUUUGUGCAAAGAAUAAUUUUUAUGUUUAUUUAUACAUCAACAAUAAUGAAAUAAUUUGAAUAAGAAAUUUUUUUUCAUUGAGAACAUUUCAUUUGCUUUGAGGAGAUUUAUGUAACUGGUUUAGCAAACUUGUCUGUUUUAGUAUCAUGUCAGUAAAAUUGAAAGUAGAUGUAGUAGAAAUAAGGCCCAAAUAAAUGAUUAUUGUUGUAACUUAAGAAAUUAGUCAUAUUCAUUUUCAGUUGUUACUAAGUCUGUAUGUAGAUUGAUAAUGACUGACUUAUGUGGUUACAUCUAAGUUAUAUUACAUAACCUAAUUACUUGUUUAGUUGUACAAGUAUAAGACUAAUUCAAACAAUGAGAUUUAGGUGAAGUGAACAAGAUCCUAAGAAAAAUUAACCCUCUGAGACAUCUUGAACUUGAACCCUUUCCAAGCCUGAACAGAUUAAAAUAACUAUUUAUUCUUUUGCUUUGAAACAUAAAUAGCAAUGCCAAUCUAACCUAAACUGUGAUUAUACAUGUUAUGGAUAAAGCAGUUUGCAUAUCAAGGAACAUAAAAUACAGUAAUUUUAUCAAUCAGAAGUAAGUACACAACUGAAACAACUCAUUCACUUACAGCACAUUUACAUUAAUCUGAUCAGCCAAAAGAACAGCGUUCACUCAUUUAAGAAUAGAUACUGCAGUAACUAUAUAAAGUGCACAGUACUCAUCCACAAAAACUAGAUAGUGCAAUGAUUUUACCCAUCAAAGGAACAGCAUCCACCCACCUAAAAACAGAUAAUGUAUUAACCAUAUCAUUCAAGGUUAGAGCACUCACCCAUUUAAAAACACGUAGUGCAGUAUAACACCCAUCCACCUUGUUAAUAAGAAGUAGAGAUCUUAUGCUAUCUUGUGUUGUACAUGUAACUUUUACUGUUUCAGAGAUUAUCUGUUCAUUCCUAUUUUAUUAGAAAGUAAUUCACAAUUUUUAAACACUGUAAUUCCAACUUCAGGGUCAAAAUGACUUUCUUUAGAUCACUCCUUCUCAAUAGAAAAUACUCCUGUUGGAUAUCUGUCCACAUAAGGUUCUGGACUUAAACCUUUAGCAGUACCAUUAUUCCAUACUUUGUCAGUAAAUUCUAUAAUUCCUUACUGUCAAAAAAAAAAUUGUAUUUGUAUUUUUUCCCCACGAGGUUCUGGACUUUAUCCUUUCUUGGCUGCAAAUGUACUGUAGUUCCAUUACUUGUCAGUAGGAAUUUCUGCGGUUAACCUAUUGUUAACAGAAGUCGAUUAUCAUUAUAUUUCUUGUUGAAGGAUUCUGUAAUCUACCCACCAUCUGUAAUUACAUGUUCUUAAAACAGGAAGAGCAGGUCUUCCCACUUUAACAUUAGGAUUUACUGUACCAUUCUCUAUUUUAAAAAAAUUGCUGUUAUAAAUUACUUACUAGAAGUUACCAUAGCUUAAUUUUUUGUUGACAGGAGUUUCUUAAUUUCACUCAUUAUCAGUAGGAUACGUUAUAAUACCAUUAGGAUAGACUGUUAUUCCCCGUAAUUAGUAGAAGGUACCAAAGUUUCAUCUCUAAUCAGUAGUGGAGCACUGUACCUUUUAUCAUUUGUUAACAGUUAUUGAAAAAUUAAUUGAUCCCAAGUCUUUAAUAAAACCAACUGAAAUUAAAACAGUCUUUAAUUACAGGAAAAACUAAAUUCUACACUUGCUGAUGUAAAAAUAAAAUUUCAUACCCUAUAGGUUCGUAACAUAGCUUGAGAAAAUUAAGAUUUGCUUGAUACUAAAGUUCAACAUUUACACUACAUAUGACAAGGAUGCUCAUAUUAUUGUGUAUAAAGUUUCAUAAUUUCAACAACUUUGAACAGUUACUAUUACUUCAUAAAAUAUUCAGAAACCAAGUUUUUACCCUUUAUUGAUUAAAUCUAGAUAUGUUUAUCAAUAAAGAAUUAGGAAGAUGCAAAAACCUUUUUGGAAGUUAAAGAGUUAGGGAGACUUGGAAGGUAUAUAUCUUGCGUGUUUUGGCUUAUUCUUCCCCAUCACCCCCAUGCUACAAGCAAGAACAUAAAAACUAUAUACAUUGACUACUUUAUUGUAAUGGGAUCUGGAAGUAGCAAGGUACUGUUGUUUAUUACAGAAUAUUCCUUGUGUUUCAUGCAGUAGCGUGCAGAGGGGGGUGAAAGGUGCCGAGGCCCCGGGCAUCUAUGUUGGGAGGGUAUCCAACGCAAAGAGUCGAAUCGAAUAGUAGAACCCUUUCCGCCCUUCCUCAAGGUCUUAGGUACAAGGCCCCGGGCAUCAUAGAACCUCUGCACGCCCCUGGAUUCAUGGUGCUAUAGAACUGAAAUUUUACUAUUUCACCACUCCAUUUUUAUUUCAAUCAAAACCAGUAUUCAUAAGGAAAGUGUAAUACUAUUUAUUAGUAGUUAAAUCACUGGUAAUGCAUUUGUUCAACAACACAGAUCAUUAGACCUACUGUGUCUCAAUUUUCACUUCUUUAGCAAGCUGUUAUAUUUGAAAAACUAUUAAAAUUUAUAAUAAGAUUACAAUAUGUAAGUGUAUUAUAUUUAGCCCAGCAAAUCAUGCUGCUUGGUGCAAAGGGUGACUAAGGAUUUGGAUAACAAUUCUGAUAAUUGUUACUUCUACAAUCUACAGAGUGUACUUGAAAUGUUAUUACUACAUUCUUCUUGCUUAAUCUUUCUAAUGGUUAGUUAAGCCUACAGUUCUGAUAUUCCAUUAGUCUUGCUUGCAGCUUAUAAUCCUUCAGUUUUGAGGCUACAUCCCUGAUAAUUAUAAGAACUUGAAAGUAAUAAAGAAUGUAACAAUAUGUCAACCACAUUACUAUAUCCAGUGCUGUCAAGGCCUUUCCAUUAAUACCACAAAUCAUCAGGCCCGCCAGGAUACGACAUAGUAGUGGUAUAGAUGCUAGUUAUAUUAAAUUCCAAAUUCUGUCAAAAGCAACAGUUAAGAUAGAGUACCUUACUUUCACUAUGGUUCUUCCUGUGACAUUGACUAAGGCAACACUAGUGGAAACUAUUUUAGGAACAAGUUUGUGCUCAGGUAUGGGUGGAUAACUUUGGGGAGGUGUGUGCCUCUUUGUACGAUUGGUGCUAAUAAACUUACCAUUCAGUUCUAAAUGAACCUGUCAUCAAAAAGCCAUAAUUAGUAAAUUUUUUGGUAUGUCAAACAUAUACGACUCAGUUUUAAUGAAAUGAUUUCAAAAAAAAGUUAAUUUGUUUACAAAAUAUAUCAAAGAGAGUUUGUCUAAUGCAGACUCACAAACCAUGAUUGUGGAACCCUCUAAAAUCUCUAGCUUGAAGCCCAAUUCAGUUAGAAGUACAAUAGGAACAGCUUUCAUUACAGCUACACAAGAACGACAUGAAGUUCAGUAAAGAGCAUAUAACUAACUACAUUUAUUGUCAUUUAUUUUCUUGAUCAAGUCAGAUCCUCAAAAUCCUUCAUCCACAUUACUAUCAUGAAAAUAUCUUCAAGUUACCAAAAUAACUUCAUUGUACUACACCACUAGAUUUCAACACCCAGUCAGGAAUAAUUAUGAGAUAUUGAAGGAGUAGAGAAUGCCUCUUUAUGCUGGAAAUAUAACCACAAUGGUGCUCUAACCUUGAUAAUAGUAGUUAUAGCCAAUCUCCUGAUGCAUAAUCUGUUCAGUGUUAACAACAGCUGAAAUUAUAACAUGAUAGAAGUUUGAGGGCAAAGGACAUUUAGCUUCCUCAUAUUUUUUCUUACUGAACACACUAAGAAUUGGCGAGUUUUUUAGCAGAGAAUAUAAUGGUGUAAAUAUAACUAGAUAUUAAGUACAAAUUGUUAUAACAAAAAAGUGUAUUUAUUAAACAUUAUGUUCACUAGAAUGUGAAACUAAUAUUCUCCAUAUUGAGAGAGACUUGAUUCAUAACCAACACUGAAUUAGUAACACAAAAGUUAUUACUGUUAUUCAGUUGGUGCAUGUAAUCUGCUUCCCCAAUCUUUAAUUAUGUUCAAACUGAGCCCACUGACAUAUUUUUAAAAAUACAGUAUUAAAAAGUGUUGUUUCAGACUGCAUAGUUUUGAGAAAAAAAUGUUUGUGCUUUGUAAUCUUUAAUUUAGCAUCAUAUUGUUUUGGGUAAAAUAUUAACGAAAUCAUACCUUUAUAGAUUUUGUGGUCUAUUUUGAUGGUCUCUGGCAUAAUAAAGUUGUUGCAUGAUAGCCUUUAUUUUUUCCAUUAUAUUGCCUCACAAUUAAAUUUUUUUAAUCUUUUGAAUGGUAUUUUAUCUUUUGGACUUGCAAUUAUUAGCAACAGAAGUGGAGAAUCCAAUAUCUUGUGUUUGUCCAGGAAGUAGGCCAAUAUAAGUGAUAUUGCCUACAUUUUUAUUGGAAGAAUGAUGUUGAGUUGUUUCUGUAAGGAAGUGUAAAAUGUUUUAUUUGACUACAGUUAUCCCCAAAACCCACUUUGUGAUUCAUUAUUCCUUUCAUUUACUCAUUUUUAACAGUCUUUAACCUACUUCAAGGAUUUAUGUGGAAAUAAUCUUUUCUUCUACACAAGUAAAACCAACUUCUUGUUUGGAUGAGUCAACCAGUGUUAGAUGGUUAUUUAGCAUAACUCUUUGAAAUCACAAAAUUCAGCAAGUAGUUUUCUCUAACAGUGUUUAGCGAAGUGAUUAAUAUGGUCAAUAUCUGAACUUGAAAAGGUUGUUUGGUAAGUAGUAGUAGGGUAAAACCAAUGGGCUAUUGUGCCAGUUCUCACAAUGAUUGACAUAGGCAUUAAAACUUGCAAUUUAAGUUUGUUCACUGAUGGGUUAUCAUGUUUUGAAAGUUCACAGAGAAAUGAAAAACCUCAGAAGUUUACACGGUUAAAUGCUGCUUAGAAGAUAACAAUGUUGUAGAAACUAGAAAAUGAAAGAAUAGCUAUUUGCAUCACUGAAAAGAAAGUUUAAAAGAGUAAAACUGCCUGAUUUAUUAAUAUUCAUGCUAUGUCCGUCUUCAAGUUUCAGAAGUUUUCUUUCCUUCAAAAACUUAUAUUAUGUAUGUAUCAAUAAGUAUAUAUGUAUUCCAUGCAGCAAAACAAUUCAAGAGAUUGGUUAAUUUAAGUACUACGGAUUCCCUGAUUUAAAAAAAAUAUCAUAAAAAUACAAAAAGAAUAAAAACUUUGAUUUUUUUAAAUUUUAUUUUUAAAUCAAUGUAUGUAUAUAUUUUUUAAUUUAAAAUAUCUAUAUUAUUUUGAAAUACAAAAGAGAAGAAAGACUUUCAGUUAGAGGUAGUAACUAAAUGUACAGUAGCACAACUUUGUUAAAAAAUAUAACAUUACUAAGUCAUUCUGGAUUAAAGCAUAACUAUUAAUAAAUUACUUCAUAACUCAUACAAACUCAACAUGUCUUAGUAAAUAUCAUAAUAAACUUAGGUUUAAGUUAGUUAACAAUGCUAACGUCUACAUCAUUAUCAUUUGAAAUCAUUGAACCAUUAUUAAAGUGAAAACUAUUAAAACAUUGGCUCAUAAAAGAAAAUACUAAAUCACUAUAUGUUAAGUUGUAAAACCAGCAUGGCAUUCUUUGGGUUAAAGUACCACAACACUUACAUUGAUUCUUUUUUUUUUAUAUACCACACAACUGUUUACUUAAAAGUUGCAGCUAACCCUUUUUAAUAACUCAAAAUGAACUGGUUUUCUCACCAAGACAUUUUUAUGUUGAUGUUCAAUAUGUUUCUAGCAACAUGUACUUGAACAUGUUUAAUCCAGGUGUUUACAAGUUUUCAUAUUAGUCAAGAAUUAUACUGUACUUAGGGGAAUUUUUCUUUUUUAUCUGGUGGAAAGUAGUAAUUGUUGAAAUAAUUAACUAAGGUAUAGUUUAGUUUAAAUAUGUUUCCAGUAUAUAGAAACAAUGGAUGUAUAGCAGAUUAGAUUUAAAAUUUAUACAAAGUAGGAAGUGUUAAUCAUUUAUAGUUUGUAGAAGUAAUAAAACAAAUGGUAUUCAAGAACAUACAAAUAUAUAUAUCUUGCUACAGUUUGGUUUGUACAUUUUUUAAAAACUACACGUUAUUUGUGACAGUUUUAUCUAUAGCAAUACUACAAAAGUUCUCAGAAAAUAUGCAUGUGUAUAAUUUUCUUACCACUUAAAUGUGGAGAUUAUGUUUACAGAUAGAGGAGGUUGUUGUGUUAUAUAAAGUUCACAACGAUUCAGUUUAAGUCAUUUGUGUUAUAACUGUAAUAACUAGUUACUCAUUUACUGAGUACUAUGUAUGUAAUUAGUAGCCUGGGAUGUUUUAAAACCCAGCCCUUAAUGUAAUGCCUGGUGCAAUAAAGUUAUGUGGGUAAGGUCA